GUCUCCAGAGGUCCAUUCCAACCCCAACCCUUCUAUGUAAUGUCAGUGUAUUUAUUGGUUGAGAAAGUGCUGGCAGUGAUAGUGGAGGUCUGUCAAGUGUUACGCCUUGUGAUUUAUCUUUUUGGGAGAAGAAAUAAAUCUUGCCCUCUGCAAAUGUUUUCCUGCUGGUUUGAAAUCUGCAGUCAAUUCUCAGUGCCCAUAAAUACGUUACCUUCUCUCUCCUGUGUGUGUAUUUUCUAUAGUUUGCAAAAUCCAGCAAAUGUGUUAUUAUAGUAUGUUUUUUUACCUUGUUGUACAGCUUGGAGGCUUUCUUGUGGCUCCCUACACAGGAAGACUUUAAUGAAUAUAUCACUGGAGCUUACCUGGGGCUGGAGUUCCAAGAAAUUCCCAAAACCUUUCAGAGUACUGUUGCACAAAACGUUCCAUUUUUAAGCAAGGGAUUUCAUUAUCCAUUUAGUGCAAGGGACAGAAAUAAUUAAAAAAAUAAAAUAAUUAGGGAUUGCUGCAGUGAUCUUCCAUUUCUGAGGAAGAUCAGUAAAAUAAAUGCUCAAGUGAGUGGAAUUAAUACCAUCCCAGCUAAUUCUGCACCGAGGAAGGAUGGUAGAUGCUUUUUUACAUUAAAAAAAAAUAUAAAAUCUAUCCUGCACUUGUUAAUUUGGGUUGGAAAUUUCAAAGAGUUCUAGGGGAGCUAAGUACGUAACUUCCUGUCUCCGUGGGAUUUUUUCUGAAUUCACAUGGUCCUUUCUUUAAAACUCAGUCUUACAACAGUCAUUUGUUUAGGAUUUUUUAAAGUUUCAUGAAAAAUAUUGUGCUUGAUAAACCGAAGCAUAACUUCAACAGGUAUCUGCAAGGGUUCUGUGUGAAUAUUAAGGACUUAAUGUGGCUUCAGACUCAAGUGGAUGCUCAGGCACCAAAGGAUUUUUUUCUUGGGUGGUAAACACCAGUAAGGUUUAGUGCAGUCAUGUGGUGACACUGUGACAUGGGCGUGACUUACUGAAGUUCUGCAGUAGAAGUAUUUUACUAAUGUGUAGCAACUAUUAACGCUUUGAUCUGGGAGACUUCAAAAGUUUAAUACAUUGCUGGUGGGAGUCAGAAUUUUCCAGGCUUUCACGGAUGCAAUUAGCUGUAUCUGCAACAUAAAUAAUCAGGUGAUGCAAAGACGGUGAUUGACAGCUCUAGAUAAUUGUGCCUAUGAGAGUGAACUUUUCUCCAGAAGCAGAACAGACAAGAUCUUCACAAGCAGGUUUCCAACAGAGUGGGAGUAAAAUUCUUCUGGAAAAAAACAUUAUGAAAAAGAUAUUCCAAGGUCUAAGGAGCUGCGUGGGGACAUAGACUCCAAGAUCUAACUUGUAGCCUAAGUACACCAAUAAGCAUGGAAGAGAAUAAGAAAGAAGAGAAACCAGAAGAGCAACUUACAGAACCUGAAUCAGCUUUCCCCGAAGUCUUACUAGAAUACCAAAUUGAGAAUAAAGAAGCCGCAAUUUAUCAGGCUUUGCUUGAUCUGGAAGAAGUGAGAAAAAAGAACAAAGAAUAUCAUGAAAGAAAUGACCUUCUAAAGGAAAAACAGCAGGCACAGAUCAGGCGUAUACUAAGACACCUAGAAGAAGAAGAGAAAAAAAGAGAGGAAAAGGAGGUUGUAACUAGGGAUGAUGUGGAAGAGUCACUGAAAGCAACAUGGCAGUAUGUUAGGGACGAAGAACAACUUCUGAAAGAUCUGCAGUCCCAGAUUGAAGAAACCGACCAAAGAACGUCAGAAAAGCAAAGCGAGAGGGAUUAUUGGUUGGAGUACAUAAAUGUAGGAAGUAAAAUAGAGGCCAAGGAGAUUAUGAAUCUGGAAAAAGACAUUGAGGAUGUCAAAGAUGACCUUCGCAGGAAUACAGAAUAUUAUUGCAAUACUUUGCAAGCUGUGGAAGAAGAACAUGUCAGACUGAUUGAGGAGCACAUGAAGUUGAGCAAGGAACAGACCCCUGAGAACAUUGUGAAAUACUUAGACAGAAACACCUGCAAAGAAUUUCAAGAGAAUGAAUGGCUGAAAGAAGAGGUUAAGAUUUAUCAAAAGGAAGUAAGUGAUUUGAAAGCCUCUAUUCAGCUCCUGGAAGAAGAAAAUAUUGGGUUAGUGACAAAACUGAUCGAUGCCAAACUUCAGAUAGUACCCAGGCAUUUGUUUCUUAUCCAGGCAGCUGGCUUGCAAGAGGGAUUUCCUAAGGACGAAAUGAAGGAAAUAGAGUAUAGAGAAUAUGCAGCAGAAGCAGAUGGAGACGAAAGCCUCAGAAGCACCACAGUCCCCUGUCAGAAAAAUAAGACCUUUGCAAAGAUUCAGUCUGAAACGGAGAAGCCUGAAGACAGUGAUGAGGAGCUGAAGAAGAUUUCCACUCCAACUUCUGAUAGCUUAUUGUCUGAAGAUGAAAAAGAUUUCCAGGAAUACUUAGAACUGGAGACAAACCUCCUGUGUGUGGUUGGAAAGGCCAUGCCUAUUCACGAACAACCAGAAGAAAUGCCAAGCACGAGCCACACAGAAGACGGCGUUACUGGUAAAUCAGACAGGCACAUCACAGCUCGGAUGAUCAGGGCCUUAUCAGAAGAAAAGUGUCUCAUCUCGUACUUCAGUGCAAACGCUUCCUAUUUUUCAAGCGAGCUCAGAUACUCGUGCCCAGCAGGUGUCUCAUGGAGUUGCAGAGGAGUUGAGCUGCUCUUGGGGCUCCACUGAUUACAGCUCCCCAGAAACCGGGCUCACAGCAGACAUGGAAAGAUUCCACCGCUUUAAGAGUUUCCUCACAAUCGAGUCACUGAUCACCGGUGCGUACUCGCACUUCAUUCCCAUUGCAAAAAACAUCGUCUGAAGGGAUAUUUCCUUUGGAAAUACUGAAUGGCUGCCAGCCUACACAUGAUGGGAACGUGUUUAUGGGAACUGCUCGCAGAAGUGCCCAGAGUGUAAAUGCUGCCAUUGCACAGGUAAAUUUUACACGUUAAUGUCUAUUUUCAGAAACCACGUGGGGAGGAGCGGUUCUUUCAGGAUCAACACUAUCUGGGUUCAAAUCGUUACCUCCCACCUGAAACCCCCAUUCCCUAAUGGGGCACUCAGGUCCAGU